AUGAAGCAUGUUAAGGAAAAACAAAGGCAAUAUAAUGUUAAUAAGUCCUCAUCUCAAGUACGUAAGAAGGAAUAUAAGAAUGAUAAGUGUCAUUUCUGUGGAAAAUCUGGACACUUUCAGAAUGAUUGCCUGAAACAUAAAGCAUGGUUCGAGAAGAAAGGUAAGUCUUAUGCUUUUACAUGUCUCGAAUCAAAUUUAACUAAAGUUCCUUAUAAUACUUGGUGGAUUGACACUGGUUAUACUGUUCAUGUUUCUAAUACGAUUCAGGGAUUCCUUACAACACAGAUUAUAAAUCAAAGUGAAAGAUUUGUGUAUAUGGUGAAUAGAGUAAAGUGUAUUGCCCCGUACGCUGCUACACUGGAUUCCAACAUCUUGGUGGUCCAGGCAACCUGUGAAGCUGUGCCAGCAUGCAGCCUGGAUAAUGCCAAGAAAUGUGACGAGCAAGGGCAGGGAGCCUCCCAGCCGCCUGCUAGUGGCAAAAUCCACGUUGCUGACGAAGGAGACGACUCACCAACCAGUCAUCUCAAUGAAAAGAUCAAUGGCGUCGAGGCUGGGCUGAUAGCGCUGAACAGGCGUCAAGCAACUGUUGAGAAAAACUUCGGUUCCCUUGAGUCAGUUGCACUCGAAGGGCUAGACAAAGUUAAGUCGAAUCUUCUUAAGCAGGUGGAGGAAUCUGGCCACAUGGGCGUAGUUGGACCCAUAAAUAUUUAUGAAACUCGCAUAGAAGCUAAGCCAAAGAAGUUUCGUGGAGAAAGAAAUGCACAAGAUGUUGAAAACUUCUUGUGGCAGAUGGAUGCUUAUUUUGAGCACGUGAAUAUCACCAGCGAGGCUGCCAAAAUCAGGACGGCAGCUAUGUACUUGAGCGACACCGCCAUGCUGUGGUGGUGGAGGAAAAAGGCAGAUAUGGAGCGAAGGGCUUGUUCCAUUGAUGAAUGGAGAUUGAGGGAGUUGAAACAAACUUCCACUGUUCGUGACUAUGUGAAGGAGUUCACAAAACUCACCCUACAAAUUCCGUCCUUGACCAAUGAGGACUUGCUAUUUUACUUCUUGGAUGGCCUCCAAAAUUGGGCCAAACAAGAGUUGCAAAGGCGUCAAAUUGGUGACGUUGAUGAGGCUAUAACAGUGGCGGAAUCCUUGUCUAAUUUUCGAGCAGAACCAUCAAAGAGAAAGGACAACAGGAGCAAAACUGUUCCUCCCAAAGGAGACAACAACAGGAACAAGGGCAAGUUUGUUCCCAACCGCAGCAGCGACACUAGAGGUAACAAUCGCAAUCAACCUUCUAAUUUCCGCAAAAAUUAUGAGAACCGCAAGAAAGGGGCUCUUCAUCGUGAAGGUUGCUAUUUAUGUGGGGAGACUACUCAUGCUGCUCGUUACUGUCCCUCGUUAAGCAAGUUGAGUGUUAUGGUUGCUGCCCAAAAGCAGCAAGAACAAACAGCGGUGCAAGCCGACAGGCAGCCCGGUGAGCGUGGCGGACAGGCUGAAGGAGCCGAGAAGGGUGGGAACAAAGCUGUUGGUUUGUUCAACCAUAUGACAUUGUUUAAUCAUAUGACUUUGGCUUCACUUGCUGCGCAGCCACCUAAAAUUAGGCCAAGGGAGUCUUUGUUUGUCGAUGCCAAGCUAAACGACAAAGACGUGCGUAUAAUGGUAGAUACAGGGGAAUGGGAUGGACUAGCGGACUUCACUGUAGCACCCAUGGACGUUUUUGAUAUUGUAUUGGGACUUGAUUUCUGGUAUGAGAUCAAUGCGUUUAUCUUACCUCGUCUCAACCAGUUACACAUCAAAUAUGCUGGAGGAUCAUGCGUGGUGCCCCUUAUUCGGGUACCACAAAGUGGAAUGCAUCUGUCGGCUAUGCAGUUUGUCAAAGGCUUCAAGAAAGGAGAACCAACCUUCCUUGCUGCCUUGACUGGAGUCGCUGAGGACUCUCUUGAGGCAGUACCUUUGCCUCCUUGUCACUUACGACCAUCGAAGGCACCCUUUGGUGCACCUGUCCUAUUCCAAAAGAAGAAAGAAGGGAUGUUGCGGUUAUGUAUUAACUACCGCACCUUGAACAAAGUAACGGUAAAGAACAAGUGUCCGAUCCCUUUGAUUGCGAAUCUGUUUGAUCGCUUGGGCCAAGCGAAUGUGUUCACAAAAAUGGACUUGAGGAAAGGCUACUAUCAAGUUCGUAUUGCUGAAGGGGAUGAGCCCAAAACGACUUGUGUAACUCAUUAUGGGGCGUUUGAGUGGCUGGUCAUGCCAUUUGGCUUGAUAAAUGCUCCUGCCACAUUUUGUACCUUGAUGAAUAAACUGUUUCACCUUUUUUUGGAUCAGUUUGUUGUCAUCUAUUUGGAUGACAUUGUGAUUUAUAGUAACAGCAUGAAGGAACAUGUGGAGCACUUGUGCAAAGUGUUCCAAAUAUUGCGGGACAACGAGCUGUGCAUCAAGCGAGAGAAGUGUAGCUUCGCACAGCCCACUAUUCAAUUUCUUGGGCAUACUAUUUGCCAUGGUGAGAUAAAUAUGGAUGGUGAUAAAGUGAAAGAAAUUCAGGAUUGGGAGGCCCCAACGAAAGUGCCUGAGCUUUGGUCCUUUCUUGGCCUUGCCAAUUACUACCAGCGAUUUAUUUUUGCAUACUCGGCAAUUACAGCUCCGCUUACUAACCUGCUGAAAAAGGGUCGGGAGUGGAAAUGGGAUGACAAAUGCAGCAAGGCAUUUGAAGAACUUAAGACAACCAUUACCAAAGAACCGGUCUUGGUAUUGCCUGAUUUUGCUAAGGCAUUCAAAAUUCAUACGGAUGCGUCUGACUUUGCUAUUGGUGGUGUCCUAAUGCAAGAGGGCCACCCGUUAGCUUUUAAGAGCAUAAAAUUGAAUGAUGCCGAACGAUGCUACUCAUCUCAUGAGAAGGAGAUGACGACCGUAGUCCACUGCCUAAGGACUUGGUAUAACUAUAUAUUGGGGGCUAACUUUAUUGUGAAGACGAACAACGUCGCGACGACGUAUUUACAAACUCAAAAGACCCUGACUGCUAAGCAAGCCCGCUGGCAAGACUUCUUGGCAGAAUUUAAUUUCACCUUUGAGCACAAGCCUAGGAAGGCUAAUAUUAUAGACGACGCUCUAAGUCGGAAGACUGUUCUGGCAUCUCUCAUCAGCUCAACAUGCAAUAGUGUUAUUGACAACAUCAAAGAAGGUAUGCAGCGCGAUCCUAUGGCGAAGCAUCUCCUCGUCUUAGCCCAGCAGUGCAAGACAAAGAAAUUUUAG